AUGCGUACCUCUUCUGUUGUUUCCACAGUCGUCUCUUUGGCUUUGUUGUCCAAGCAAGUUUUGGCAACCCCACCAGCUUGUUUGUUGGCCUGUGUUGCAGAAGUUAGCAAGGGAUCUUCCAACUGUGACUCUAUCAAUGACGUUACCUGUAUCGGUGAGAACGAAGGUAGCAGUACUCAAAGCUGUCUAGACUCUCGUUGUCCAGAUGGAGAUGCUAGUUCCGCUAAUGAUGCUUUCAAGCAAGCUGUUGCUGAUCAAGGCGCCAGCGUCUCCAGCUCUUCCAGUUCUGCUAGCUCGAGUGCUACCAGCACUGCUUCUAGUUCUACUGUUUCUAGUUCUGCUGCAUCUAGCUCUGCUGUCUCUAGCUCUACUGUUUCUAGCUCCGCUGUUUCUAGCUCCGCUGUUUCUAGCUCCGCUGUUUCUAGCUCCGCUGUUUCUAGCUCCGCUGUUUCUAGCUCUGUUGAGUCCAGUUCCACUGUUUCCAGUUCUGUCGUCUCGAGCUCUGCUUCUUCUAGCUCUGUUGAGUCCAGCUCCACUGUCGCCAGCUCCACUACCUCUGCUCCAUCUACCUUGAGUUAUUCUACUGUCUCCUCAAUCUACAGCUCAUCUUCUGACUCCGCCAUUCCAAGCGUUGUCCCACAAAACGCUGGUAACUCUUUGCAAAUCGGUUCAUUCGCUGUUGCCGCUGCUGCUGCCUUGUUGAUUUAA